UUCAAUGAAAAGGUCAAAGAAAACUAGAACACAAGAAAUGAUAUAAAAAAUCUAACUCAUGUUUGCACAUUAAUUGAAUGUUUAUAUUAUUCAUUCAUUGUUAAUUACUUGAUUAAUUAUAAUGUAUAAUAGUUAAAUUUGAGGGCAACCGUGGAAUAUUAAAAAUGCAUGAGGGUAUAAUGUAUAUGGGUAAAAUCCCAUCAAGGAUUUAUGUCAUGUUCCAAAUCCCACAUCAACAUGUGGGAUUUAUAAGUUCGUGGGGUCCACGGAUUUGGACCCUUAAAAUCCGUGGGCCCCGCGGAUUUGGUCUAAAAAAAGUGCAAACAAACAAUGGAUUUUUGAUAAAUUCAUGAUGGAUUGGAUUUGGGUACCAAAUCCAUGAUCCAAAUCUAUGAAGCAAACGACCGCUUAAGGAACUUUUUAAACUUUGAGACUUAGGGGUCGUUUGCUCAUGGAUUUGGAUCAUGAAUUUGGUACCCAAAUACAAUCCAUCAUGGAUUUAACAAAAUUCAUUGUUUGCUUGCACUUUUUUUGGAGACCAAAUCCGUGGGGCCCAUGAAUUUUAAGGGUCCAAAUCCGUGGACCCCACGGACUUAUAAAUCCCACAUGUUGAUCUGGGAUUUGGAACAUGACAUAAAUCCUUGAUGGGAUUUUAUCUAUAUACCCUCAUGCACUUUUAAUAUUCCAAGGUUGUCCUCAAAUUUAACUAUUACACAUUAUAAUUAAUCAAGUAAUUAACAAUAAAUGAAUAAUAUAAACAUUCAAUUAAUGUGCAAACAUGAGUUAAAUUUUUUAUAUCAUUUCUUGUGUUCUAGUUUUCUUUGACCUUUUCAUGGAACGUGUAAUUCUUUGUUCUCCCGAUUCUAAUAUAUGAUGUUAUAUGUUACUUUUGAAAAGGAGGACAAAGAAUUGGUAAUUGAUUAUGUUACGUUAAAAGUUAAACGGAAUUUUCUCGUUUAUUAUUAUUGUCCAUGUGGCAACAUUAUGCUUAUUAGUAUGUAUUGUCCUUGUUUUGUGUACAUAUCAUAAACAUGUUAAACAUAUAGAAAAGGAUAGUAAGGUAAUUUUGAAGUUUUGUCCUUGUUUUGUCGUACAUAUCAUAAACAUGUCAAACAUAUAGACAAGGAUAGUAAUGUAAUUUUGGACUUCAAGUAGUAAAUCUCACACAUUUAAAUCCAUGAUAAAAACAUCUCAACAAACAAAGGAUUUUUACAAAUCCAUGAUGCCUCAAAUCCUUGAUAAAUCCUUGAAUUUUUAAAUUACAAAACCCUCAUUUUUAAAUCAAUGAAACAAACGACCUCUAAGGACCUGAACCUAGGCCAUAAGUUGCGACAUCAAUGCCACACUUUUUUCUAGUAGCAACGUCGUAUCGAUCUUGUCCAAAUACAUCUAACGGCCGGCCAGAGGAUAAAAGAAAAUGUUGAGCCCAAUAGAAUGACAAGCAAGCUGUGUACAGCGCGCUGGGCUUCUAGGACAAGCCCGGUCCACUAGACGUCAGAAAUGGGCCAUGAUCAAAAGCAAAAUUAGUCAGGCCCAACAUAAUCCAGCGCCGGCGGGAGAAGGAAAUAACGGAGCAAAGCAAUUCUCCUAGGUCGGAGAAACGGUCCACGGAGUAGUAAAGCCGAUCACCAACCAGAGAUGACGGAGCCAAGGCGAUUGAGAGGGCACAAAGCCACCGCCACGUGUUGCAUAGCCUCACGCGACCGUCCUGGCAUCGUAGUCACCUCCGGCGAGGAUGGUCGUGUGUGCUGGUUCGAUAUGCGAUGCAAAGAGGUACAGUUCGUUAUGGAGGUCGGGGAGCAACCAAUUUCGUCCUUGUGCUUCAAGCCAGGAAAUGAAGAUAUCCUCUAUGUUUCCUCCGGGAGUGAAGUUAAGUGUUUGGAUGUGCUCAUGGCCAAUGACUGGAAGCCAUUGAGGACUUACAACUACAACAAGGAUGAGAUAAAUCAGAUUGCGUGCAACUCGAGGGCAGCUUUCCUUGCUUCUACCGACGAUGCUGGUGAUGUUAAGAUUAUUGACAUUCACCAGCAUUGCCUGUAUAAAACAUUGCGGACUGGCCAUUCAAGUAUCUGUAGCAGUGUGCAGUUUAUCCCUUGGAGACCAUGGGAAGUCAUUACUGGAGGUCUUGACUCAAAGCUCAUUAUGUGGGACUUCUCAAAAGGGCGCCCAGUCAAAAUUGUUGAUUUUGGCUCUAACAGUAGUAAUAAUACAACACAAUGUCUCAAUCCUGCUUUCGUUCAUGCAAUAGCGGUUCCAGAUGUUGAUAUGGUCGACAAUGCAGGCAAGAUAUGUGCAGUAGCUAGGGGUGACGGUGUUGUCGAUGUGAUAGACAUUGAAGUAGAACUUGCUGCUGCUAUUAGGUCGAAAAGUAUGGCAAAAGCUAAGAAAGGGUCUCAAACAAAAUCCAAUAACGAAGCCGAAUCAAGCACAAGCGGCGAAACAACAGCCAACACGAAUCAAAGCAGCAGGUUGCACUUGGAUUACGAGUUGGGGGGCCAUACUGCUGCAGUAUCGUGUGUCGGGUUUUCGUUGUUUGGGGAUAAGGGGAAGUUCAUAGUUUCUGGAGGGAAUGAUAAGUCAGUAAAGCUGUGGGAUUGUUCCCGACGCGAGACAAUCCAGCAGGAUGGUGGCAGCAAUAAUGGGCUGCUACAUCUAAGCAUCAGUUUGAGCAAAAAGGUGAAUUGGCUAUGUACAACUCCUACUGAGUCAGAGAACCUUGUCAUAUGCGACACAACUAAAGUAGUGAAGGUCUAUUCCGUUACAUGAUCAGCAUUUUGGAGUCUGAAUCGGCAUUUUGGAGUAUGGCAAGAUAUGGAUGAAGUCCUGUACUCAGCGAGAAAACAGCUUUAACCCAUUCAAGAUCAGGGUCAGAAGUGUCCAUUUUUGUGUACCAUGAAAGUUCAGUGAUUGAAGCAGGAUGGAUCUACUUGAUAUUCCUCCUGGAAUGCUCAAUUUUGCAGCUGAACAGUAUUAGUUGCAGAAUAGCACCAGUACUAACCUUCAUCUUGACCCUUUCUCGAUCCUGACAAAGCUUAGGACUCGGUCACAGCUGCAUAGGACACUGUAAUUUGAGCUGAAUUUAAGUGUACUGUAGAUUGAAAAGAGGAAAGAAAGAGCCUUUAGUCACUCAUUCAUGCUGAUAGAUGCUUGUUCCGCCAUAAUCUCGUCUGAACAUGGAUCUUGAUCUCGGUGGUCGGCGUUGUUGCAAUUGCACUGCCAUUUUCUCCCCGCCAGGCAAGCUGUGGACUUUCUCCAGACCCCGACUUGGAUAUUAAUGUGCCCAGGCUUCUGUAAUCCAGUU